AUGACCGGGACAGAACGUAAAGUAUUUCAGAAAUACUACCCUCCGGAUUAUGAUCCAACUAAAUUGCCUAGAGCGAAAGGAACCCGAGCUCGGUGUCCAAAUUGCUUAGCGGAAAUCACGUUCAAAACAGACUUGGAGAACUGUGAUUAUCAGAAUGAACAUGGUGCUACUCGAUUGUUCGAGGCAAUGAAGCUCUAUCAAGAUGCUGAAAAGGCCAGAGAAGCGCAGGAAGAAGAGGAUAAGAAGGACCCAAUGAAAAUGCUCGAAAAACGAACGAUGUUGAGUCGCGCGGAGAUGGAAGCCAUGGGUAACCUGGAAGAUCUACAAGAAAUCAGCAGAAACAAGGAGGCUGUUGAUGUGGAAGAUUUUCUAGAAGCUACAAAGCCAGUACUUUCGAUACCUGAACAGAUAAAGCUACAGGAGGAGGAGGACGAAGCUUUGAUCAGGAAGGUUUAUGGUAAAACUGCUGAUGGGAAGAUCAUGAAAAGGAUAGAGGACGACGUGAAGGAGGAAGAGGAGGACGAAGACUUAAACAAGCCUGGUACAAGUGGAUUG